AUGGCUAUCAUCGAUGAAGAAAAAAUUAAAAAUUCUCAAAUUUUGCUUGUUGGAGCUGGCGGGAUUGGAUGCGAAUUACUGAAAAACUUAGUUUUAAGUGGAUUUAGAAAGAUUAAAAUAAUUGAUCUAGAUACUAUUGAUAUCAGCAACUUAAAUAGGCAAUUUCUGUUCAGAAAGCAGCAUGUUGGCAAGUCCAAGGCUCAGGUGGCUAAAGAAAGUGCGCUACAGUUGAAUCCUGAUAUACAAGUUGAGGCAUUUCAUGAUAGUGUCAUGAACUCUAACUAUGGUGUUCCAUUCUUCAAAUCAUUUGACAUUGUACUCAAUGCUUUGGACAAUGGAGCUGCGAGAAGUCAUGUAAAUCGAAUGUGUCUGGCGUCUGACGUACCCCUCGUCGAAAGUGGAACAGCAGGUUACCUGGGUCAAGUCUCUGUCAUCAAGAAGAAAUUAACCGGAUGUUACGAUUGCCAGCCUAAACCUGCACAGAAAACAUUCCCUGGCUGCACCAUUAGGAAUACACCGUCUGAAAUUAUACACUGCGUCGUGUGGGCUAAACAUCUAUUUAACCAGUUAUUUGGGGAAUCAGAUCCAGAUCAGGAUGUGUCCCCGGAUACAGAAGACCCUGAAGCUGCUGGUAUGGCUACUCAAGCCGUCGAGAGCAGCUCAAAAGUCGGGGCCAUUGGUGGUCUGGAGAGGAAGUCGACAAGAGUUUGGGCAGAAGACACUCAAUACGAUUCAAAUAAAUUAUUUUAUAAGUUCUUCAAUGAUGACAUCAAGUACCUCCUGUCAAUGUCCAACCUAUGGAAGAAGAGAACACCACCGAGAUUCAUCGACCCUAGCAAUCUUCCAUUUGAUCAACAACAGCAGCAACAGUCAGAUGAAAAUGUUUUGAAUGAUCAAAAACUUUGGUCUCUAUCAGAGUGCAUCGCGAAGUUUCACGAAUCUGUCCAUUCACUGAAGAAUGAACUGAAAGCCGGUGGUCCUGGUAGCUGUCUAGUUUGGGAUAAGGAUAGUGAGUCAGCAAUGGAUUUUGUGACAUGUGCAGCCAACAUACGAGCCUACAUAUUCCAAAUUCAGGGGAAGUCAAGAUUUGACAUAAAAUCAAUGGCGGGUAACAUCAUCCCAGCUAUAGCGACGACAAAUGCAGUAGUGGCCGGUCUCAUAGUGCUCCAGGCCUUCAAAGUUCUUUCUGGAAAAUUCGAGAUUUGCAAAGACGUAUACAUCAAUCAAAUACCAAACCAGAAGAAGAAACUUUUAGUACCUUGCUCCCUCGAGAAGCCCAAUCCUAAGUGUUACGUCUGCUCUGAUAAGAGAGAGGUAACGCUGAAAGUCGACGUUGAUAACUUUACUGUUAAGAUGCUGGAGGAGAAGGUUCUUAAAGGUCCCCUUGGAAUGGUAGCUCCUGAUGUCGAAAUUGAUGAUGGCAAAGGUACAAUAAUGAUAUCAAGCGAGGAAGGUGAAACAGAAGAUAAUUGGGGCAAAUUUUUGUGUGACCUUGGCAUUCAAACUGGAGUUAGAUUGAAGUGUGACGAUUUCCAUCAGGAGUACAAUAUCGUUGUUAACAUUUUGCAUUGCACUGAGCUGAAAGACAAUGUAGAAUUUGAAUUAGUGGGGGAUGUCAGUGAACUACAAAAAGAUCUCAGACCGGCGUCAUCGUCUACGUCAUCAUCAGCAGUUAAACAAACCGGAAAUGGUGAUGCUAUGGAGAAUGGAGGUGAUGUUAGUACUGCUAAAGAUGGCCAUGAAGCUAUAAGUUGGUUACUUAGUUUAUUCAUUCAUUCAUUCGUUCAUUCAUUCGUUCGUUCGUUCGUUCGUUUAUUUUAG